UACAAAAUGCAGAGAUCCAUCCUGCUGCUGCUCAUUUCUGUCACAGCUCUCAGUGUGGCAGUUGCCCUUCCCUACACCUUGGAUGAAUUUUUCAAUCAGAAUCUGGAAGCGAGUUUGAACAUGGACCUUGUAGAGAAGUCUGGAAUCCGAAAACGAAAUGCCCAGGAUUCUAGCGGUUCCCACGAGGAUCCUGAAGAAAAGGCCAAGGGAUCAUCCGAGGAAAGCAAAGAAAAAGAGAAUGCUCUAAAAAGAGUCAGACGGGGGGGUGACUCCAGCGCGGAUUCCUCUGGCUCGUCCUCUGAGGAGAAGCACAAGGCGGCACAAUCCAAAGCUGGCAAAUCCGGUCAAGCUGGGGCAGCUGCUGCAGCUGGUGAAGGUGAGACUGAGACCACCACCCAGGCUGCUGAGGAUGAGACCUCAGCCCCACCUAAAAGGCGAAGGCGAGAUGUUUCCGAAGAGCAUCACGAGCCAGAACUGAAUCCUCAGGCGGAGAAGGAGCUGACCCAAGAGAUGGAGGAGGCUAUGGCUGCUCUGAAAAAGGACAAGGACUUAAGUAUCGAGGAUUAUGCCCAGGGCUGUGAAGUCCAGGAAGUUAGUUCCUUGGAGACUAACGAUGCCACAUAUGAAUAAUGGGAUGAUGAUGUUAAAAUAAAAUUAAAAUAAGAAAUACCAAAGAA